CCUUUUUUCUUGUCUUUUUUUUCUCUCUCUCUCUCACACACACACAACACACACUAGACAGAAUGGUGGGUGGUGAAGAAGAACUGAAACAAAACUCUCCAAAACAAUCUGAAAAUGGAGAGGCCAAACGGAAUUCUGUGUUCAGCCCCGGGUUUAGAUCGGUGGCCGAAAUGGCCGGUUGGGACGAAGAAGCACUGUUGAUGGCGUCGUCUCUUGUUGUCGAAGAUACGCCAGAUCGAGAUUUUAAACAAAAGAGACGGUCCGAUCCGUUGUUUAAAACUCCCCCUACUCAUUCUAGAAGAAAACGCAGAGAUCAGAAAAAGAGUCCGGUUUCGAAGUUUGUGGAUGUUUUGAAUCUUGAAGAGGAAUGUUCGAAAAAAGACAUUUUAGAAGAGAAGAAAGAUGAGAAGACUGAUGUGGAUGUUAAAGAUAAGAAAGUCGAGAAAUCAGAUGAUCCGAGUUCAGGAAACGCUUUGAUUCCUUGCAUUGAUCGGCUUCGUGAAGAGCUCUCUUGUGCAAUCUGUUUAGAGAUAUGUUUUGAACCGAGUACCACUUCUUGUGGGCAUAGCUUCUGUAAGAAAUGUUUGAAAUCUGCUGCGGAUAAAUGUGGGAAGCGUUGCCCAAAGUGCAGGCAACUUAUUAGCAAUGGAAGAUCUUGCACCAUUAAUACGGUUUUAUGGAACACGAUUCAACUUUUGUUUCCACAAGAAAUAGAGGCAAGAAAAGCGGUGGCUGGAAUCUUAGAAUCUGGUGGCCUCCAAAGCCCGCCAACAAGGAGGAAAAACCAAUACAGGAGUGUAAUUCAAGCAUUGAAUAGUCCUGAAGGAGAACAGUUAGGUAUAGAAAGGAGGCGCAGGACUAGUAAUCAAAUUCACCAAAUUUACCCGAGACAGCAGAGUUUUCGUCCUGCUUCUGUUGUGUUUCUGAAUUCCAGAGAAGCGGGGGACAAUAGUGUGGGCAGGAGGAGGAGGAGAGAUGUUAAUGUGGCAGUGGAGGAAGAUCAGGAUGCUGCUUUAGCUUUGAGAUUACAGCAACAGGAGUUUAUGGGAGCGUUUGGAGGGUCUGGACAAACGCAGCAAGUGCAGCAGCAGAACAGUAGGAGGUCUGUUGCAACGGCUUCGGUGAAUCUGAGGGCAAUGGCAUCAAGAGCUAUUAAUAUUCGUAACAUGCGUGGCCGCUAAAUGUUUGUGGUUGUUCAGUUACUAUGGUCACAAUAUCUGUGAUAUGCGGAGACUAAUGUCAUUUCAUGUGGUACCCUUAAUUUGAGUCACUAAAACCUUUAUUGUGAUACAUUUUUUUUUUAUUUUAGCUCGUUUUUAUAUUA